GAAGAAAAGAAGAUGGUACUUGCCUAAGUGAGAAAUCAUUCUGAUACAAGUCCGUGUGCACCAUUAUGAAUUGGAAAAAUUUGGUUAGAUUUUGUGGUAAUCUAUCAGUUGUCAAGGCAGUAAGUUGCAGGGGAGCACAGUCAGGAGAGCACAAUCAUGUUUUCAGGACACAUUAUUGCUGCGACUGUGCAGGGUGUGGACCAGGUGAACAUGAACUCCAAGGUCAAUUCUCUGGGUACUGGUCUUUAUCCACUAGCAUGUAUUUCCCAAAAGUUGCACCAGGCUUGAGGAAAGCAUAAAGGAAACUGAGCGACAGUUUUGAUCAUAUAAAUUCCACAACUGGGUAAUGUCUGAUGCCAUUUUGGUACUUUGACUUGGUCAGGCACUUAAUUUUCCUGUUAGGUGCUUAAAUUCCUGUUGGGUUCAAUAAGACUGUCAUUCCUAAUUAAGUAUUUAAAUCCCACAAGGAGACAGUUCUUUGACUGCAGCCUACUAUAAAAUACAGAGCAAAAACAUGAGAUAAGCCAGGUCAGGGAAGUCAAGGCCACUGCUGCUUUUGAUUUGUUGAAUUUAACUGUUGUGUUCAAACUGUAGAAAGAAAGUACAGCCAUGCCUCUGUCUGCACGUAGUUUGUAACAAAGCAACAUAUAACUGACAAAUAACUUCCCUGAUGCAUAACUUUCUAAUCUGCUUUAUGCUGAAUUAUGUAAGAAAUGAGAAGACGGGCAGAAACUGUCUAUGCUUCAGCCAACCUCUUCCAAUCUACUAAUUAAAACCAGCAGAACUGCUGGCUCACUCUCAAUUUGUCUAGCAGCAAAUGUGGAAAAAUUAAGAGCACCUUGCACAGAGAGAGCAAAGGAAAAUCCACUGUCUGCACCUUGUAAAUGCUGAGGUCAACAGUUCAAUUUCACAGGUUCUGCUCCAGCCUAUUGAGAUGCCUCUUGAUCAUGGAUAUCAGGAGCCUUGAUUUGUGAAGUACGUGUAAGGAACAAUGCCACAAUAAUAGAAGGGUUCAUAGAUGUUGAUUUGGAUAAAUGACUGCUUAAACAGACUGAAGCAUUAAAAAUCAGAUUCUAUCAAUGAUAAGAACUUCAGGGAAAUAGGAAAGAAACAAUACUUCACUGUUAAUACUACAAGCUAAAUAUAAGAUCGAGUGCAUUCCUGCUAGUGGUACAGGCAUUGGAAUAUACCAUGGGAAAAGGAGCAGAGCUGAGGAGAGAGCUGCUCCCUGAGCUCACCCACAAGGGGCGGAGCCAGCAGGGGUGAUGUCAUAAGGAGGGAGGUGAGGUCACACAAGAAGUCCUUUCCUGUUGGUCCCUGACACUCCAGGAGAGUCCUUGCUCCUGUUGCCCAGGUGAUCAAAGGGCCAGAGCCUGCACAAGGACAGCAGCUGAGCACAAGCACCUCUUCCAAGGAGCCACCUUGCCGCAGACAAGGCUUGGCCAGGCCUAGGCAACCUGAUUCCAGAGACAGGAACCAACACCGAGGGCCAUCAAGGAAAGCAAAGACAGGCAGAGAAGGCAGACAGGGCACGGGAAGACGUACGGUGCAGAGACCGGCAGGAGCAAACUGCAAGCAGCAUGUCUGGAGCAGAGGACAGCUACACGGUGUCAGAGCAGGAGACAGAAUCUGAAGCAUCAUCUUCUGAGGCUCCCUCUGAACGCAGCAAAGCAAAGGUCAAAAGAUGCUACUCCUCCCGCUCCUCCCGGGCUGGGCUGCUCUUUCCUGUGAGCCGCGUGGAGAGGCACCUGCGCAGAGGCCACUUUGCUAAGCGCUUUGCAGCCAACGCCCCCGUCUAUCUGGCUGCGGUGAUGCAGUGUGUGACGCACAAGCUCCUGGAUGUGGCUGGCGAGGUUGCCAAGAAGAGCAACCAGCGGCGCAUUUCUCCAUCACACUUGAAGAUGGCGGUGCAAAAGAGCUCCGCACUCAAGAAACUCCUGCAAGACAGCAUGCUCAGGCACUGUGGCAGGGCUGUCCUCCAAAGCGAACGCGUGGCCCCACUCUCCAGAAAGAAGAUGAGCAAGAAGGGGAAGAGCUCCAGGCCACGGGCUGCACGUGCCUACGCCACAGCUGCUGCCAAGUGAGAAGAAAGCAGAAGCACUUGCCUCCCACCAGCAAGAGAAGGCAAGGACUGUCAUGUUUGCAAGGCUCUG